CCCCUCGCGUUACUAAUGCAUUAUCUGAUUAACUUUCCAACUUUGGAGGCUGGCUGCUUAUAAAACCAAUCCCGCCUCCGGCUGGACUUUAGCUGUGAAAUUCCUCAACGGAGCGCACUCGGGAGCACUCCUCGCGUCUUGAAGAUGAAGAUCAACUUCUCAGCGUGUCACGCCGUGCUCAUCACUGGAGCAAACAGAGGUCUCGGCCUGCAAAUGGUCCGACAGCUGCUCGAUUCGCCCAAAAGACCCCAAAAGAUCAUAGCGACCGCGCGGAACCCAGCCGCCGCGAAGGAACUGCAAGAACUGGUCAAAUCUCACCCUGACGUUCACGUUUUACCUCUAGAUGUGACCAGUGACAGCAGCCUGGAUGCAGCAGCGCAGUCGGUGAAAUCCAUUGUGGGCGCUGAUGGUUUAAACUGCUUAAUUAAUAACGCAGCGAUUAACAUGACCUCUGAACUGGACACAGUCACUCGAGACGCCAUGAUGAAAACCUACGAGAGUAACACAGUGGCUCCUCUUUUUGUGACCAAGGCUUUCCUGCCGUUAUUGAAGAGGGCUGCAGGGGAAGGCCUUGACAUGGGAAUCCAGAGAGCCGCGGUGAUCAAUGUGUCAUCCGUCCUGGGAUCCGUGCAGCUCAACUGGGGCGAGGGUGCGAGCUACAAGAGUUACGCAUACAGGGCAUCCAAGAGCGCCUUGAAUAUGGUUACAAGGUGUUUGGCUGUCGAUCUGGAGGCCGAGAAGAUCUUAUGCGUGGCCCUUCAUCCUGGUUGGGUGCGCACUGAUAUGGGCGGACCAACGGCACCUCUGAGCCCAGAAGAGAGCGUAUCGUCAGUGUUGUCCGUCAUUUCUGGAUUAACGGAGAAACAUCACGGAGGAUAUGUGGAGUACACUGGGAAAAGCUUACCGUGGUGACCUCCCCGUUGUCCGAGUGCCAGAUGACCGCUGAGAAGCUAAGACCAGAGAAACAGCCUGCCGUCUUAAUUAUUCAUGUUUCCACCUGUAUGCAUCGACCAAGAAGUAAAACAGUUUAAAGAACCUUGGGCCUUUGGAGAAUUGAAUUGUUAUGAAAGGUCGCAGGGGUGUGUUUACAUUUUGUCAUGGUUAUUGCCUUCUCUAAGUAUAUAAAAUAAAAGAUGAAAUGAGACACAGUAA